AUGAAAUAUAUUUUUGUGCUCGUAGUUCUUAUUUGUCUCGCCUAUGGCCUGGAAAUUCAUGCAUCAGAAGUUAAAUAUAGUCAUUUCACAAAACGUGACUGUAUUGGCGGUGGGUAUAGAGACUGUAUCAAAAAUGAACCAUGUGAAGAGCAUGAUGAUUGUAUGAUCGGUUUGGUUUGUAGCAAUUCGGUAUGCUCUGAUGUUUCUGGUGAUCCUGAUAUUUCUGAUGAUCUCGAUAUUUCUGGUGGUUUUGAUGCUUCUGGUGAUUCGAUCCUUCCUACUCCUCAAAAACCCACCAAAGUAUUAACCAUACAACUCACUGAUGAUGUUACUGUUGUACUUACCGGUCACAAUGAGGUUAAUGAACCCUCGGACGUUUAUAUGACUACAGUAGAACUUCCAGAUGUCGGAGUGUCUGAAAACCAAUCUCCUGAAGUUAAAGUUUCUGAAAUCCAACUUCGCGAAGUCGAAUUUCCCGAAGUCAAAUUUCCCGAAGUUAAAUUUCCUGAAAUUCAAUUUCCUUCCCUCGAACCAAUUUUUGAAAAAAUUCGAGAAUUCUUUGGAGCAAUAUCCAUUGGUGCUUUAGGUACUUGUGGUGCUACAAUUUUUCAUGUGAUAGGAUGUGGUACCUUUGGAAUUGUUAAAGGAAGUUUAGUAGCCAUAUGUCAGUCUAUUGCUGCUAUAGAACUAGUAAAUAUAAUUGAACAAAAUGGCAUCGCCGGAAUUACCUAG